AUGUAUCGAAGCAUCCGUGCCGUCUCUCGAGGCGCCAACUCGGCCUCGCAGGUGGCUUCCACCUCGCAACUCCCUAUCGCUGCUCGCAGCCUUCACAGCCAGUCCGCGACCGCGUCGUUGAAUCGCAAGUGCCUCGCAACCUCGGGCAGCCAGGUCUUCCGAUCUCGAUUCUCCACGGCGGCGCUCUUGAAAGCACCCGCGCCUACCGCGGUGGCCGGCGCUGCUGUCAAAGACAUCGAGCCCGCGGCGACUGGUCUUCAGAAAUGGAGCAAGUACCUGCCCAAGGUCGAGCGCUCCGACGUCAAGAAGGUCGUCCUUGUCGGCUCUGGUGGUCUCUCCAUCGGUCAGGCCGGUGAAUUCGACUACUCGGGCUCGCAAGCCAUCAAGGCGCUCAAGGAGUCCGGCAUCGAAACCAUCCUCAUCAACCCAAAUAUCGCCACCAUUCAAACCUCGCAUCAACUCGCAAACCAGAUCUACUUCCUUCCCAUUUCGCCAGAAUACGUCGCCUACGUCCUCGAGAAGGAGCGACCGGAUGGUGUCCUCCUCACCUUCGGUGGCCAGAGUGCCCUCAACGUCGGUGUCAAGCUUGACGAGAUGGGUGUCUUUGACCGUCUCGGAGUCAAGGUGCUCGGCUCCCAGGUCGACGUCCUCCGCAUGUGCGAGGACCGUGAUCUGUUCGUCCAGGCCCUCGACCAGAUCAACAUUCCCGUCGCCAAGUCCGAAGCCGUCUCUAAUGUGCCCCAGGCGCUCAAGGCCGCUGCCGAGAUCGGCUACCCCGUCAUUGUCCGUGCUGCAUACGCUCUCGGUGGUCUCGGAUCCGGUUUUGCGGACAAUGAGGACGAGCUGCGCGAUCUUUCCGCCCGCUCCCUCUCACUCAGCCCCCAGAUUCUCGUCGAGAAGUCGCUCAAGGGCUGGAAGGAGUCCGAGUACGAGGUGCUGCGUGACCAGGAGGACAACGCCAUCAUCUGCUGCAACAUGGAGAACUUUGACCCAUUGGGCAUCCACACUGGUGACUCGAUCGUCGUCGCUCCUUCGCAGACGCUCUCGGACGACAACUACCACAUGCUCCGAUCCGCCGCUCUCAAGGUCAUCCGCCAUCUUGGCAUCGUCGGCGAGUGCAACAUCCAGUACGCUCUCAGCCCGGACUCUCGAGAGUACCGCGUCAUCGAGGUCAACCCUCGUCUCUCGCGUUCCUCCGCGCUUGCCUCCAAGGCCACCGGCUACCCGCUCGCCUACACCGCUGCCAAGCUCGCACUCGGAUACACCCUUCCGGAGUUGCCGAACGCGGUCACCAAGAGCACCACCGCCUGCUUCGAGCCCGCACUCGACUACAUUGUCACCAAGAUCCCCAAGUGGGACUUGAGCAAGUUCCAGCACGUCAACCGCGAGGUCGGCUCCUCGAUGAAGUCGGUCGGUGAAGUCAUGUCCGUGGGACGAACUUUCGAGGAGUCGCUCCAGAAGGCCAUCCGACAGGUCGCCCCCGCGUACGACGGCUUUGACGCCUACAUCGUCCCCGAGGACCUCGACAACGCUCUGUCCGUGCCUACCGACACUCGUCUCUUUGCCAUCGCAUACGCCAUGCUCGUCAAGAACUACAGCGUCGAGAAGCUGCACGAGCUCACCAAGAUCGACCGCUUCUUCCUCUACAAGCUCGACAACAUUGUCACCAUCAACCGACAGCUCGAGAAGAUCGGCUCGCUCUCGGCUGUGGACAAGGACCUGAUGAAGCUCGCCAAGCAGCGCGGUUUCUCGGACCGACAGAUCGCCAAGCUCACCAACUCCAAGGAGCACGAGGUCCGCGCUCACCGCAAGGCGUUUGGUCUCACUCCCUUCGUCAAGCGUAUCGACACGGUCGCCGCCGAGUACCCCGCCCAGACCAACUACCUCUACACCACCUACAACGCCACCACCCACGAUGUCGAGUUUGACAACGAUGGCACCAUGGUGCUCGGUUCCGGUGUCUACCGAAUCGGAAGCUCGGUCGAAUUCGACUGGUGUGCCGUCACCUGCGCCCGACGAGUGCGAGGCAUGGGCCACAAGACCAUCAUGAUCAACUACAACCCCGAGACCGUCUCGACCGAUUUCGACGAGGCCGACCGCCUCUACUUUGAGGAGCUUGGCUUCGAGCGUGUCAUGGACAUCUACGAGCUCGAAGGCGCCAAAGGUGUCGUUGUCAGUGUCGGUGGACAGCUCCCUCAGAACAUUGCUCUGCGUCUCAAGGAGACCGGCGUCAACGUUCUCGGUACCGACCCUCUGAUGAUCGACUCGGCUGAGGACAGGCACAAGUUCUCGCAGAUCCUCGACAAUGUCGGCGUCGACCAGCCCGAGUGGACCGAGGCUACCUCGGUCGAUAAGGCCAAGGAGUUUGCCGCUCGCGUCUCGUACCCCGUCCUCGUUCGUCCCUCGUACGUGCUCUCCGGUGCGGCCAUGAACGUCAUCUGGGACGAGUCGACGCUCGAGCACCACCUGACUGCCGCCGCCGAAGUCAACACGGACUACCCCGUCGUCAUCUCCAAGUUCAUCGACAACGCUCAGGAGAUCGACGUCGACGCCGUCGCCUACAAGGGCGAGCUGCUCGUUCACGCUGUUUCGGAGCACGUCGAGAACGCUGGUGUCCACUCCGGCGAUGCCACGCUCGUCCUGCCACCCUUCUCGCUUGACCCCAACGACCUCGCCCGCCUGAAGGUCAUCGCUCAGAAGGUCGCCAAGGCGUUCAACAUCAGCGGGCCCUUCAACAUGCAGGUCAUCCGCAAGCCCGUUGGCGAGGGUGAUGCCGAGGCGGCACUCAAGGUCAUCGAGUGCAACCUGCGUGCCUCUCGAUCGUUCCCCUUCGUCUCGAAGGUCCUCGGCGUCAACUUUAUCGACAUUGCCACCAAUGCUAUCAUCGGCAAGGAUGUGCCCGAACCCGUCGACCUCAUGGCGCAGAAGCGCGACUACGUCGCGAUCAAGGUACCUCAGUUCUCGUGGACGCGUCUUGCCGGUGCUGACCCAUACCUCGGUGUGGAGAUGGCCUCCACGGGUGAAGUCGCUUCGUUCGGCAAGGACCUGUACGAGGCAGCGUGGGCAUCCAUCGCCUCGCAGACCGCUUUCCGCGUUCCCCAAGCCAACACUGGUGUACUCAUGGGCGGUGAUGUGACCAAGCCGCAAUUCUCCUCCAUCGCCAAGAAGCUCUUUGACCUCGGCUUCAAGCUCUACUGCUCGGACGCCAAUGUCGAGGAGUACCUCAACAACCUCGACGGUGUCAAGGCCAAGCGCAUCCGCUUCCCCGUCAAGGACAAGCGCAAGCUCCGCGAGGUCUUCGACGAACACGAGAUCAACAUUGUCAUCAACCUGGCUAAGUUCCGUGGACGCGAUCUGUUGGAUCAGGACUACGUGGCCCGCAGGAACGCCGUGGACUUCGGUAUCCCGCUGCUGAACGAGGCUAGGAGCGCAGAGCUGUUUGUGGACGCCCUGGCGGCUAGGAUGCCCCAUGGCUGCUUGCGCGGGUAUGAGGAGGGUAAGAUCCCAAGUGAAGUCCAACCUUGGAAGUUCUUUGUCAAGGAGGAGAACGAGGCGCACAAGUAG